CAUACCAAGCAUAGCCUGCGUGUCAGUGCAGUCGACUUACAGCUGGCUGUGAGGAGAACUGACGCUACUCUUUUUUUCCACCUCUCUAUCACCGCGAUACGUUUAUUGUACUCAUAUUUCAAAAAAAGUAUCAUAAACUCUGCGCACGGGGUUUUUAUUUUAUUAAAGGGGGGUUUGUAGAAAACUUAAGUUGGAGGCUGGGCCUUUAGCUUUUUGACCGUCGACUUGAGAGAAGAAGAAGAAGAAGAAAAAAAGAAGCUGGUCUUUUUUGUGGUGUUGUUGUAAAAACUCGAUAAAUGCUACUAACGAAAAUGGACCUGUUGAACUACCAGUACCUGGACAAGAUGAACAACAACAUUGGCAUUCUCUGCUACGAAGGUGAAGCAGCUUUGAGGGGGGACCCCAGACUCCAAUCCCUGUCUCUGUCAUCAUCCUCUUCCUCAUCAUCAUCCUCUUCAUCAUCGUCGUCCUCAUCUUCCUCCUCCAUCUCCAACCACCGGACAGGUCCUCCUCCCAUCAGCCCCACCAAGAGGAAGCUGAGCGGGGACCAGGGAGACAGCGACAUGGAUGACAACGAGCAUGUGGCAAAGAUGAGCCGACUGUUUGCCACACAGCUGAAACCUAACGGAGACUACCGCAGCUCCCCCAUCUCCAAGGACCGGAGCCGGAGCCCCAUCGAGCGCGUGGUGGUGCCCAGCGCUCUGGGAGUCCACAGCAAUCACCUGUACAGCCAUGCCCACCACCACCACCACCACCUGGCCAGCUUAGCCGGCAUGGACCAGCCACUGGCGCUCACCAAAAACAGCAUGGUGGAGUCUGCACGCAGCAGCACAGCAGCUAUGGCCACAGUGCCGCACACAGUCAGCGCAGUGGAACGCCAGCAGAAUCGUCCUUCAGUGAUCACAUGCGCCCCGGCCAACAACCGUAACUGCAACCUGUCUCACUGUCCAGUGUCCCACAACGGCUGCGCCAGCCUCGCUAACAACUACAGGAGAAUCAACACCAACACAGCCUGCGACCCAGUGAUAGAGGAGCACUUCCGCCGCAGUCUCGGAAAGAACUACAAGGAGCCCGAGCCCACCAACUCUGUGUCCAUCACAGGCUCAGUGGACGACCACUUCGCCAAGGCGCUGGGCGAGACCUGGCUGCAGAUUAAGAACAAGGGGAGUCCCUCGUCGUCCGGCAGCAGCCCAAACUCCUCCCCCGACAGUCACAUGGUCAAUCACAACCACUCCCCUUCUGUGGUCUCCUGAAGGAGGAGGGGUUGAAGAGGGAUUUGCCCCUGUUCCCCCAGCCCUCCCGAUCAUCCUGGCUCCAACACCCAUGUCCUUGUCACUUUGCUCUGUCACCAGCAUCCCAGAGGGAAUGCCUGCCUGCUGGUCUGCUAAGAACAUUUAAACCCUCGAGCCUGCUCUCUCUCUCUAUGCACUCAUAGAGGAUCAAUCAAGCAAUAACAACAUGGCCGUUUCUUUUUCCCCUUCUGUCCUCUGGUGUGGUAACGCCAGAGAAUAAUCAGUAACAAGUGAUGAGGGUUCGACUUUGGGACUCGACAGGAGCAUCGAGCUGCUCCUUCCAAUCAUUCAUCCUCCCUGCAUGUCCAGCUUGGAGCUGAGCAAGUGUCUGUAGUUAUAUGUACAUAAAGAGAGAGAGGAAAGGCGGUGUUUUAAUUAUUAAUUUUCUUCUUUGUUUUUUUUUUUUUGUUUGUUUGUUUGUUUCUUUAACAGUAGUUUUGUGUUCUGCUUUUGUGUUACGAGAUGCCCGACAUUUGAAAGAAAAGAUAAGUGAGAAACACUUUGGAGAAAAUCAUCACAAACCACCUGACUGUGCUACCAAAGAAACCUCAGACACUGAUGUUUAUCUACGCCCGCCUCGAAAACAACAACAACAAAAAGCCAUCUUGUGAUCUCUCUCUGUUUUCAUCUCUUCUCACCUUCCUUCUCUCUCCCUCUCGCUCCUGUGUAUGUGUUCUGGGGGUUUUGUUACUGUAUGUGUAUACUUGGGUGAUCGACUUGGUCUGAUUUGCACUACUGCCGUAGAGGGUAAAAGGUGGCAUGUCAAUAUGGUAAUCUGGCACUGCACACACUGGGACUGAUAAAGCUGGUUUUGACGCAGUCUGGUUAUAAUCCAUCUUUUGUUGGAACCUCUAUUUGAUCCCAUUUACUGUUUGAAAUUCACCUGGGCGUAACUUUCAUCCUGGCCCUGAUAGAAAAGUACAAGCCACAUUAUGAUACAUAAUUUUUUGAAUGCAUUUUGGAAAAGUGGAAAAUUCAUACCAGUGAGGCCGGGCAGUGUAAAAUGUUAGAGAUAUGCAAAGUAAUAUGGAUUUGGAAACCAAGGCCCAAUCCCAAUCCCCUGGCCCCUGCCACUUAGCGUUACUCCUCCAUAUUGCGUGUUCAUCUAACGGUAGGGUGUCCUGAUUCCUGUAUUUUAAUGUUGUUUUAAUGUAUUAUGGCGACAAAGAAAUUGCUACCAUGCCAAUAUCUUGGUAGCUAACUAGCUUGCUAGCUAAUGUUACAUUGUUAGUGCGUAUUUGUGCAUGACAGUCCUGAAAUCAGACAUAAUUUCAUGUCACUUUCCCCCCUUUUGACGUCAUCUGACCCCGAAAUUUAUCAUAGGUCCAGCUGUGAAGAUGCUGCACUUGUUCUUACUCCUCUAAUAUCAGUGCAGACUGACAGGGCAGCAGCACCGGUUGCUAACGUUAGCUUACAGAGCACUGCUGGUUGCUCACUAAUGAAGCAAUGUUGAUGACUUAUUUGAUGGAUUGAUAGCUGGAAACUUAAAAUGUGAACCAAUUGCGAACGUCCUGACAACUGCAAAAGAAUCCGUGUCACCUGCGCAAGAAAAAUCACUAUAACAAUAGACUGCAUAUUUGCAAUGCCCUUAAAAAUUAGAAAUGGGAUUGGGCCCUUGUGUUUCAGUAUAAAGUGAAUUUUGUCACAUCACUGCAUGUUGAGUAGAGCUGCUGUUAGGUGGGCGCUAAAAAACAAAAGGCUGCUUGUAUUGCCACCCCUGGCAGCCACUCACUGACAGGUCUACACUCCUUCACAUGCUUAAAUAGUGCCAAACUGUUGCAUUUCAUUUCACAAGCACAGUGAGAGCAUCAAAUCAGCCGACUGCGGUGUCGAUGGACGUCAGAGCCAUUAUGAGAGCAGGUCAGGGGCUGAAAACACAGCUGUACGACUUGCAGCGUGUUGCUUACUGAACAAUGAGCUUUGAUGUGUUUCACAGGCUUAACUGCUGACAGCGAUGAGGGGAUAGAUGAAGCUGCAUGUCACUUUGUGGUUGAAAAAAAAAAAAGUCUGGUUUCUCGACCGGGGGAGAGAAGAUUAUUCACAUCUCUUCAAACACGCCUUUGUUUUUGUAUCUCUUUGAACACGGGUGUUGUAAUUAUAUUUGGCUUACACCCUGCGACCCCUCCCUCUCUUACACACUGUGGUUUGGUAGAUCUCUACAAAGUUUGAAGGGUAAACUAAUGCUUUUACACAUGCAUGUUUUUCUUUGUUUUUGUUUUUAAUAGCUGGUAUCUAUUAAUGUUUUUAAGCAUUUCAAUCUUAACUACUAUUAGCCUUUUCAUUCGGACGUUAGAUGUUACUUCAUUUGUUGUCAGUAACAGACAUAGACACUAUACACUCACUGCUGGGUCAGUCGUACUCCAUAUUAUUGUUAUUGUUAUUACAAUUUUGUAUUUUUUGUUUUCCAUUAAUAUCAGUAUGGUAACAAACAUCUAUAGUGGGAUAGCCUCCGGACAGGCUCUGUUUAACAAUGAGAGCUGCGUUUUUCAAAACCAUCUCAGCACGGGAAUCGGUGGAGAUGUUUUCAGUGUCGAGUUGGCUUUGGCACGCGCAGCCCGUAAAGGUUUUCUUAAGAUGUUGAUCCAUCGGUGGUACAGGAUGCUACAACCUUUAGCAUGAGUGAGCUGAGACACAAAGUCGGCACAGAUUAGUCAGCAGGGCCUCGUUUUCCUGAAAGGCAUCUCAAAGUGGCUUUAUUUUAAGUCUGUUUGGCCGCCAUCUUAAAAUCACCACGCCACCUUUACUCACGUUCUUGCUGCAGUCUGAAAAGUACACAGGCCAGCAUGCUAUGAUGCUUUUGGGAAACAAGGUAUUUAUGGUAAAAGCUAGUGAUGACGGCUCUCAGACAUCUUGUCAACGUUUGAGAGCUGUGAAAAACCAAGCAGCAAUCAAAACAAAACACUUGAUGAUAAUUAUCUAAAUUCAGACAUUCAUCCUUGGGCUUUUCGUGUCCCGACUUGGUGUCUGCGCUUUUUUCUGUCGUUGUACGUCAAUGCUUUCUUUUCUGAACAACAUUGUUUUGUGAUGCAGUUAAGCUAGACUGCUGCAGUCUGAGAAAAUGAGUACUCUUCUGUUAAAGAGCCUGCGCCACGGUGGCAUACAUUCCUCCUAUAGGGAACUUUGUACAGGUCUCAUACACACUCAACAGACAGAGCUCAUAACCAGCCAGGGCCAACUGUCCCAGAGGUCCCUGCCAACGGGGUUGUUGUACAAGGUGUGUACUUUUUUUUUUUUUAAUUUGCAUCAAGCAAAUUGGCCAUAGAUUCAUACCAUAUGACAAAGGAACAAACAAGCAUUUAUGCCAUAAAUACAUAGAGCAUUUUUGAGGACAUUCAGAGCGUAGAAUUUAGAGACGGUGAUGUGAGUCAGUGUGUUUCAAAAGUACAGAAUAAUUUUGUGUUUCUGAGCGGAGGUUGAAAGGUGACGAGGUUCAUAUUUGUUUGGUUUAGGUCUUUUGUUUUUGUUUAUCAAGUACAUUUCUCAGUGUUCUAGAAUGUCCACACAUUCCAUCCUCAACUGAACAGAUGUGACACAACCGAUGGUCAAAGUUCUACAAGCUUCAGAUACACAAAAUUCGUAGUCAGAGCGCAACUGCCAGUGAAUCUCCCAAACGAGUAAGUGCUGGGUGUGAAUGUGCUUUUUUUGUGACAGGUUCAGAGUGGUUUGGAUGGUGAUUUUGAGCAGGCAGGAGGUUCGGAGGGGGCGGAGCUUCAGGAGCUGAGCUUCUGUAAGCAGGAGACGUUCAGCUGCCACUGAAAGUCUCACAGCGAUGCCACUCCCCCUUCCUCCUCUCACAUUCAGUUGACCCUGAUUAAGAUUUGUCGUAGCGAGCAUCAUGCUAGAAAACACGAGGGAAAAGGGCUCAGUGUCCAGAGGAUUUUUGUUUUUCUAUUAUUAUUCUUUCUCAUUAUCAUUUCACUACCACCCUGUAGGUAGGAGGCUCUCUUUCUGCUUCGGCACACACUCCCUACACACUGUAGGAAAAUCACUUAAUAAAAAAAAAAUACUUUUUUAUAAUAGGUAACUAUAAGACCAUCAUUACGCUGUGCGUAACGAAUGUACAGAGAAAAAAAUCGUAGGUAUUUUUUGAGGAACAAUUAAUUUGUUAAUGAUGUGUAGCUAUUUAAUUGUUGUUUUUUCCCUGUCCUUAUAUUGUAAUCAUUGCAUUUUCUUUUUUUGUGAAAAAAGUUGAUCUUUUUUGUUUAUAGAGUUUUGUCUUGUUAGAGUAAAGGUUCAAGUGCAGGAACACAGUAAAACAUAUGAAACCACAAUACAAGCCACUGGUGUGUCGGUGACAAUCGCUACUUCCAUAGGUCCCCACUGUUCUGCAAUCAUUUAACUUGUGUUCGAUCAUGUGUCUUCUGAGACAUCUGAACAAAGGAGGGUGUCCGUUAAGAGGCCUCUUCAGUGAGUUGCAAGUUUUGCAUUGAUGGAACGUAAUAAUUUUGCCACUAGCCCAGUGAGUCCUGCCGAGCGUUUCCAUUUAAGUAUUAAAAAUGAAAUAUAAAUCAAUAUUAGUUAUGGGCUAGCAGGUAGUUAAAAUUCCUGACACUACAGGUGAGGAAUAUAAACUGUAGGAACUGAGCUGUUUGAGAACAUUUGUCGGACUGGUUCAGCUUAAGUUUUAUCGGUGAACUAACUAAACCCCGACAGCAUUGUCAUACCUAUUUUGUGCUCAAGUUCAUCUGCAGCAUAUAAUCUUUGGGGAUGUCACCCAUGUAUCUGAUGGCGCUGUUCCCAUCUGUGGUGGCCAUUUUGCAUCUGUAAUCGAGUAAACAACAUGAAAAUUGUGCAGAUAAAUCAAAGAGGAGUUGGUCUUUACUCUGACUGUACCACAUUUUCCAAGUCCUUCUUGAAGUGGAAGUAGCAUGUACUUAGUGGUAGUAAUACUCUGAACUGUAAAAAGAAAAAAAAUUGUAUCAAGAAAACAACAGUCAAUUUGUGGCUCUGUGUCUCCUCCUACUAAAAAGGUUUUGGCAGGCCACCUUUUUUGUACGUAAAGUAGCCUUGAUGAACAAUAAAGUGCUUUUAAACCAC